CCGACUAAGAGAAUAAACAACACUGUUGCUACUUCUCUUGAUUCCCAAGAGUUUUUGAGCAAAAACUACAAGAAGGCCACAGUGAAUAUCGCAGAGCUGAGGGCUAUAGGGUGUUUGGUAAUGCACGAGUUGGACGCCACGAAAAUGGCAGAACACAGCUGGCUCGAGGGAACGAAGUUUGAUCACGUUAUUUUCAACUUCCCACAUGCUGGAUUCUACCCUAAAGAAUCUACAGAUUCACAGAUUCGGUUUGAGGUGACAACAACUUCAACUGCAAUCCCAGCAGCACCUACAAAUUUCGAGUUCGGAACACUGCAACCUAAU